CGGGAAGGGAAAUCAACCCGGCGAGGCUUCAUGGCGAGGGGAUGAUGGGACUCAGAGGCCCGGGAGCCAGGAAUGCAUGGCAGGGGAAACAAAUGAAAGCACACACCAAGUGUUUGAAGAAAGCGAUAAGUGUCCGGAUAUGAAAGACAUUAUUGGGAAUUGAGACGGGAUGAACAAGAUAGAGGAAAAACCAAGAAACAAAGAGAGGAAUAAAUGUCUGGAUGGCGACCUCCAUGUAAUUACAGUCCAACAAAUAACACCCAAAGAAAAGGGAGAGGAAACCCACACAGUAGAGAAACUAUAUACAUGCCUUGAGUGUGGAAAGAGCUUCAGGGAUGGGACAGGACUUCUCAUCCAUCAAAGAACACACACUGGGGAGAAACCAUUUAACUGUCUGGAGUGUGGAAAAGCAUUUAGUCAGAAGGGGGCACUUACUGACCAUCAAAGAAUACACUCAGAGGAGAAACCGUUUGAAAGUUUGCAGUGUGAAAAGAGCUUCAAUGGCCAGUUUGCCCAUAAUGGCCAUCAAAUAGAUCACACAGGGGAGAAACCAUAUCAGUGCUUGGAGUGUGGAAAGAGCUUUAUUCUGAAAGAGACUCUGACCUUACAUCAAACCACUCACACAGGGGAAAAUCCAUUUAAAUGCUUGGAAUGUGGAAAGAAUUUCAGUCGGAAGGCGUACCUUUCUUUACAUCAAAGAAUCCACAUAGGGGAGAAACAUUAUAAAUGUUUGGAGUGUGGCAAGAGCUUCAGUCGGAGAAAGACUCUUAGAAUACAUCAAAGAACUCACACGGGGGAGAAACCAUUUAAAUGCUUGGAGUGUGGAAAGUGCUUCAGUCAAAGAAGUAUCCUAAAUUCCCAUCAAACCACUCACACAGGGGAGAAACCAUUUAAGUGCUUGGAGUGUGGCAAGAAUUUCACUCGGAAGUCAUCCCUUUCUUUACAUCAGAGAACCCACACAGGGGAGAAACCAUUUAAGUGCUUAGAGUGUGGGAAGAGAUUCUCUCAGAGUAGUGCCCUUAAUAGCCAUCAAAGAACUCACACCGGAGAGAAACCUUUUAAAUGCUUGGAGUGUGGAAAUGUAUUUUCCCAGAGAAGUGCCCUUAAUCGCCAUCAAACAACUCACACAGGGGAGAAACCAUUUAAAUGUGUGGUGUGUGGCAAGUGCUUUGGUCAAAGGGCAACCCUCAUUUCACAUCUAAGAAGACCUCACAGAGAGACAUCUGAGGAGGAGGAGGAGGAGGAGGAGGAUGAAGAAGAAGAAGAAGAAGAGGAGGAGUCUGAUUCUCUGGAACAAUCAUCUCCCACAGCAGGCCCAGGGCAACAUGAGGGACCCUGUGACAGUGAUGCCUCAUCUGAGGUUCCUAGAAAACCAUUCAAUCCUGUCACGAGCCCAGCCAUGAUUCCAGAUUCUCCUCCUAGCACCCAUGACUCACCAGAGCACAGAUCGCAGUGUAUCCGGUGGGAUACUCAGAGCCAUGGUGGCAGUGCCUACCUGAUUCCCAGAGUACCCUUUCGACCAGGAAAUACACUUGAGUAAGGG